AGUGGGAAACAUGAGUUGGAACAUAAAGUCAACGUACAAAUGUAAGGAAAGAGGUUAUGAUGAAGAAUGUGACAAUCCUGUUGAGCCUGUGGUUGCCCACGGUGAUAAGCAACCUGAAGAAUCGGAGCCACCAACUACAAGUCAGGACAUUAGACCUGGUGAAGAGGAAAAGGAUGAAGGAGCAUCUUCAUUUCAAGUGGGAAAUAUCUUUCGGAGAGUAAAGUCAACAUACAGACCUAGGAAAAGAAGUUAUGAUCAAGCAUUUGUCAAUCCAGUUGGGCCUGUGAUUGCCCACGGUGAUAAGCAACCUCAAGAAUGGGAGCCACCAACUACAAGUCAGGACAUUAGACCUGGUGAAGCAAAAGAAGAUGAAGAAGCAUCUGCAGUGGAAGUGGGAAAUAUCUUUCGGAGAGUAAAGUCAACAUACAGACCUAGGAAAAGAAGUUAUGAUCAAGCAUUUGUCAAUCCAGUUGGGCCUGUGGUUGCCCACGGUGAUAAGCAACCUCAAGAAAGGGAGCCACCAACUACAAGUCAGGACAUUAGACCUGGUGAAGCAAAAGAAGAUGAAGGAGCAUCUGCAGUGGAAGGGCCUGUCCCAGAAGCUGAUCAACGGGAAGUGGCUAAGCUAGAGACUGGGUGUGAGCAUGAUAUUGGUGUCAAUGGGAAGAGACUGCCAAAGCGAGAGCCCUUUUAAAAUGCCAGAAGCAGGUGAAGGGAAACCACAGGUUUAAACGAAGACAAGCUGUAUCCAUGCAGG